AUGGCAACAAGUGAUAAUCUAAACGUUUUAUCACAGAGAUAUCAAGAGCUUCGACAGAUAUCUAGAAGCUCCGGUAGGGAUUAUGAUGAAAAAUACCAAGUGAUGAAGGCUCUUGGUGAUCAACUAGGCUUACCUGGCACUCCUGCAGCUGAAAUAUUAUCAAAAUUUGGUAAACCGGAUGAAAUGACUCCUUCUCUCGGACAGGGACAAGCUUCUGUUGCGAUGAUGCCAGGUCCGGUUAUCCCAGGAUCAGUUACGGCUUCUUCAGGUGAAGGUAGUGGACAACCACCAUAUUAUUUUGUGUAUUAUUUGAUUCCAAAGAAAGAGUAUCUCUAUUUUAAGGUUGGAAGUAUACUUUAUAAUCUGCGUAAGGCUAAUUUUGUUGCGUGA